CUCGCGCAUACCAUAUGUAUUCAUUGUCGUUUGUUCAAGCGCUUCGGUCGAUCUGUGCAAUUUUGUCGCAAAGCUGUUUUUUUUUGCGAAGAGGACACUAAACGGAGUGCGACCUUUCAGCGUUCGAAGUUCGUGAACAGUGCCGUUCUGUUUGUGACUAAUAGAAUUCUUAGUGAUUGGUUUAAUACAUAAAGUGAGAAAUAGUGGAAAGUGAUUGAUUCUUGUGUUUAAUCGCAAGUUGUCCACUUGAGGACCAGUUUUGUGAUGAGCGCUUAUAAACUGUCUAGCAGCAGCAUCAUACAGUAGUUACCGCAUUUCAUCGAGUUUGACGAAAUUUCCUGAUUCAUCCGGUGGUGACUGUGCCGUUACGAUACAGAAUCUACUAAUAUAAACCAACAAAGGACAAUUACCAGGAUCAUCAAAAUGCAGCCACGAUGAAGCGCGGUCGCACGGAAGAAAUCCAAUUUGGGCAACAACCGCCACGGGCAAGCGGAACUGCCCCCCUCCAGCGUCUUAUUACGACAACCCAGCCACACAAUGCUGGUGGAUCCACCAUACAGUACCAAAUAUCACCGAACGUUAUCAAGACUACAACACCUGCCGAUGUUGCGGCAAAUUUGAGCCAACCCCAACAGCAACAGGCUCAGCAGCAGCAGCAACUCCAGGCGGUACCACAGCAGCAGGUUCAACAACAGUCUCAGCAGCAUCAGAUCUCGCAACAAUCGGUAACUUCCCAGCAGCAGCAGCAGCAACAGCAGCCCAGCGUGCAGUAUACGGCCACUUCAUAUGCAACUAGCAUCGGCGGAGGUGGUCCGAAUGUGGUGAAAACUGCAGGUGGACUCGCGCAAUCAGCAGUCACCACUCCACAGCAACCUGCCCAACAACAAGUGCAUGUCGUGAACACGACUAACCAAGUGCGUGGCGGUCACAAAGGUGUUACAAACUCAACUACUAGCGGUAGCGGUGGUGGUGCCGGUCAGGUAAUAAACACAAUGCCGACCAAUGUCAUACCGAGUGCACAACCGCAGCCUCCACCGCCGCCACCACAAGCUGGGCAGGCCCAGUUUCAGCGGCUCAAGGUCGAGGAUGCGCUUAGCUAUCUGGACCAGGUGAAAUUCCGUUUCGGCAAUCAGCCCCAAGUGUACAACGAUUUUCUCGACAUCAUGAAGGAAUUUAAAUCUCAAAGCAUCGAUACACCCGGUGUUAUCCAACGUGUAUCAAAUCUGUUCAAAGGACACCCAGAGUUGAUCGUUGGGUUCAACACAUUUCUACCCCCAGGGUAUAAGAUCGAGGUACAAGCAAACGACCAAGGCUAUGCCUUUCAGGUGUCCGUUUCAGUGCCAUCAACAUCAUCGGGUACUGCAGUAGCUCCCCAGCCAUCGCCGCAUAAGUACAGCACAAUAUUUCAAGGUGGUGGACAGAUCGUACAAACACCAAACGCAGCUGUUAAUCUAAUGAGUUCAUACGGCCACUCGACAAGCUCUGUCCAUUCGACUCUUCAAUCGGUAGUGCCAGCUAGUGUUUCCGGAACACAAAACUCCAAUGUGACUAACAUUGCCUCGAUUCCACAAUCGCCGCAAAAUUUCUCCCGAGAUCGGGAACGAACCAUCUCCGGUGGAAGUGGAGGUCCAAAUUUGCCAUCAAGUAAUGCGUCCAUCGGUCCAGUUUCUUCGGCUGAUCCAAGCACAAUCAACAGUAGUCAACAGCAAAACAUUCAUCGAAUGAUCUCUCAGCAAGUAAUUCCCCAUCAACAACAGCAGUCGAAUCCACCAGAAGCACCAGUUACAAACUCGACACCGAAUCAACCGGUCGAAUUCAACCAUGCCAUUACAUACGUGAACAAAAUCAAAAAUCGCUUCCACUCGCAACCGGAAAAAUAUAAGCGGUUUCUCGAAAUUUUGCACACCUACCAAAAGGAACAGAAAAUCUACAAAGAAGGUCCCCAGGGUGGCUGUAAUCCCGGAGCGAAGCAAUUAACCGAGGCUGAAGUGUACACUCAAGUUGCAAAAUUGUUCGAUAACCAGGAAGACCUUCUCCGAGAGUUUGGUCAGUUUUUGCCGGAUGCAACCAGCCACGCACCAAUCCACGUCAAUAAGAACCACACACUGCACGAGCAGGUGCAGCCACCAACUCAGCAGCCGCAUAACAAGAAAAUGUCCGGUAGCGUGAUGAGUACAAAUGUGAAACCGUAUAACUCUUCCCUUUCGUCGAAUCUGUCACGGAUGACAGAGCGAGAGUAUGCACAGUGCACAGAAAAAGAUUACAUUAUCAACUCUAGUGCCCUUGUCGGCCGCAGUGGAAGCGUUGGAAUUGAGAAGGAAUCACGGAACCAUGUGAGCAAUCAAAAGUUCGCUCACAACGUUGCUGGCAUUCAAGGAGGUGGCCAGAGUGGGAUGGGUAAUGCCAUAAAACGAUCACCAUCUUUUUCACAAAUGCCAUCGAUGAGUCAUAACAUGCCCUCACGGGAUCGCGAAGGUCCUCCAAUAAAACGGCAUAAGCCGAUUUGUCGCGACAUUACGCUCUCAGAAGCGUCUAAGUUUGGAACGUUGAACGAUUAUGCCUUCUUCGAUAAAGUACGAAAAGCUUUGAAAAGUCCCGAAGUGUACGAAAACUUCCUGCGCUGUUUGACGCUGUUCAAUCAAGAAAUUGUAUCGAAGUCCGAGCUUCUAACACUGGUGACACCGUUUCUCAGUAGGUUCCCAGAUUUGCUCAAGUGGUUCCAAGAUUUCCUCGGGCCCUCAACGGCACCCGAGUGUAUACCGUUGGCUUCGGCCCAGCGGCAAGAUAGAUCUCAAAGUGAGCUGGCUACCGAUAUUGAUUUGUCAACAUGUAAGCGGCUUGGUGCCAGCUAUUGUGCUCUCCCGAAAUCCCAUGAAAAUGUGAAGUGUUCCGGGAGGACGAAUCUGUGCAGGGAUGUGCUGAACGAUACCUGGGUGUCAUUCCCGACCUGGGCCGAGGAUUCGACCUUCGUCACGUCACGAAAAACGCAAUACGAAGAGUUUAUUUACCGCUGUGAGGACGAGCGCUUCGAGCUGGAUGUUGUGAUAGAAACCAACAGUGCAACGAUACGAGUACUGGAGGGUGUCCAGAAGAAGCUUAGUCGAAUGUCUCCUGAUGAAGUUAGUCGCUUCCGGUUGGAUGAUUGUCUUGGGGGUACUUCCCCUACGAUACAUCAACGCGCCCUGAGAAGAAUUUAUGGUGACAAGGCGGCGGACAUUAUCCAAGGACUUAAGAAAAACCCGUUUGUUGCUGUUCCGGUAGUGCUACGCAGGUUGAAGGCCAAGGAGGAGGAAUGGCGCGAAGCGCAAAAGGGAUUCAACAAGCAAUGGCGUGAACAGAAUGAGAAAUAUUAUCUCAAAUCUUUGGAUCAUCAAGGAAUCAACUUUAAGCAGAACGAUAUAAAGGCGUUACGAUCGAAAAGUUUGUUCAAUGAAAUUGAAACACUUUUUGAUGAGGUGAGUUAUAUGAAGCGCCAUGAGCAAAGUGAAGACGGCAGCCCAAACCCUUCGGUCAGUGGGCCGCAUCUGAUUCUGCCCUACAAGGACAAGACAAUACUGGACGAUGCAACCAACUUGCUUAUCCAUCACGUGAAACGGCAGACGGGCAUCCAGAAGCAGGAGAAAGCUCGCAUCAAACACAUCCUGCGACAGUUCGUGCCAGAUCUGUUCUUUGCUCCUCGGCAGCAAUUGAGCGACGAUGAGCGAGAAGAUGACGAUAGGGAUAUGGACGCCGACCAGGAUCAUGAGGAUGAAGGUAGCAAACCUGCUUCGAAAAGUAACAGUAAAAAUAAUGGUAGCAGUAGUUUAUCGAGCAGCAGCCCCGCAGCAGGUGCCAGUAGUGCGGGCGAGAGUAAAGAAUCUGUACAAACAGUUGUAAAGGAGGAAAAUUUAGACAGUGGGAAUGGUGGUAACGCAAGUGGUGUCAAAACCCCAUCAAAUGCCGCGAUAUCAGCAGACAGCGGAACGACAGGCUCCGGAUCAUCGAUGGUGGUAGCUGCUGCAGGAAGUCAAUCGAGCCUAAUCGGGAGCGGUGAUUCUAGUGCGAGUGCAAAUCGUGACUCAACAGACGAUAAUAGUAGCAGCAAAGACAACAACAUGCCGGAUGGUGCUAUCAAAGUGGAGAUAAAGCAGGAGAACGACCCAGACCAACCGGUAGUGGCAGCGUCGCAGGUUUUGCAGCCUCAACAGCAGCAGCAACAAACAAACUCGUCCUUACCGACGCACGCACGCCAUAUGGAAGAAGCAUACACCUUGUUCUUCACCAACAACAAUUGGUAUCUAUUUCUGCGAUUACACGCAAUCCUGUGUGAGCGACUUCGAUCGAUCUAUGAACGGGCCCAGAUCAUUGCCACCGAGGAGAAGGCCUACCAAAGCACUCGGAAUAACAGCACGGCGACAGCCCUCCGACUGAAGCCCAAGAGUGAAAUUAAGGUCGAGGAUUUUUAUUCCACCUUCCUGGAUAUGCUUAAAAAUGUGCUCGAUGGCAACAUGGAGGCGAGCAAUUUCGAAGAUUCUCUCCGAGAAAUGUUCGGUAUUCAUGCUUACAUUGCAUUUACACUGGAUAGGGUUGUUCAAAACGCUGUCCGACAACUGCAACACUGUGUUACGGAACGUGGUGCUCUUGAAUGUGUCGAGUUGUUCUUGCUCGAGCAACGAAAGGGUGGUGCUGGUGGACUCUGCCGCACUGCAAGCCGACGCGUCACUAACGAGUUGACCUACCAACGGAAGGCAGAAGCCGCUCUACAGGAUGAAAAUUGCUUCAAGAUUUACGUGUAUAAAAUGGAUUGCCGGGUUACCAUCGAACUCCUGGACACCGAGUCCGAAGAUACAGCGCAAAGUUUUAACAACGCACAAAACUACAGCAACUAUGUUGACCGGUUAUCGAAUCCCGCAGCUACCGGAACCGGCAGCGAAAGUGGAGCCAGUACAAUUGGCGGAUCUCACCCAAAUAUGGAAAUUAAGACGGAGAAGCUGGACGAUAAUAUGAGUUACGGCAGCACACCACGCAAGGCUCUAUUUUUGCAGCGUAAUUUACGCCGGUGUAAAGUAGCGAAUCAACCACCGGCGACGGAGCUGUCCAGUCUGCCUGUGGCAACAAAGACGGAAGGUGUGGACGGCUCGGUAUCGGAUGCUGGUACGCCGGGCAGUACCCGUGACGUCCAGUCUCCGCUCGCCUGUGCGGGAACGACUACGACGACGAACAUUGGGCAGAAAACCAACAAUUCCGUUUCUACCAUAGCCGAGGUCGUUGGAUCCAAUAACAAUAACAACAAUAAAAAGAUUGUUGGCGAAGAAGGAGGAGCUGGCGGCGGCGGCAUCAUUAACAACAGCAGCAGUACCAACGUUUGGAACAAUAAGGCAAAGGCUCCUCCUGAGAGGCUACCAAGCAGUAAUGGAGAUCAGAACUAUUAUGUGGACGAUCGAGAGCAAUUCAGAUUGAAUGUGAACAAUUACAAGAUUUGCUACGUUUUGAACAAGGAUCAUAUCUUCUAUAAACGCAAAUCGCUGAUACGAGCGAAAGAGACCCAUCAAACGGUGACUCGCUCGAUGCAUAGGCGUUUCGACAGUUUCAUCAAGCGUUGGCUCGAUCGCAACGUGAGUGAUAGCCAGCGGGUGCAGUGUAACGAGUGGCUGAUGGGCAACCGGUUCGAUCUGGUGAAGAACGUGACGGUGGUCAAGCAGAACAAUGACAUCAGCCGGACGCCAUAUAUGCUCUACAAUAGGUACAAAGUGGAAAAGCUGGAUAGCAACCAGAGCUAGAAAGGAGCAGCAGGAAAGCGCGCGUUGCGACACACGUCGUAACAUACAUUGAAAAAGUAUUAAGUUCAGAAAUGAAUAUACACAAUAAUACGUCGACAGGAAAUUGGAGGGAGAGUAAAAGAAAUCAAGUAAACUCCAUUAUCUGUUGUUGCGCAUAACGUUGUAUUUAUUGCUUGUAAGAAAAAAUCUUUUUUUUUUGUUUGAACAGCAACCCAUUUUACCGUAAUAUUUUUUUUAAAUUAACUUUUUCACUCUAGGUACGAAUAGUUUUAUCAAUAGUAUCACUUUCAGCGAAAAGUAGGUAAGUAAUAAUAAUAAUAAUAGAAACAUGUACAACUGAGCAAAUCUAAAAGAUGCAAUUUACUGAGAGUUUAAUUAAUGGCAAAUGCGCUGUAUAAUGUUAGAGGGUCAAAUAUUAUUCUUCAUUUCAUUCGUUAAGUUCGUUUAUUUAAAAUAACACGUCAAUAUACAUUAAGACCUUAUGAACUCCUCGAUGGAACUAACGCGAAACCCUAAAAUAAUUGUAAUAGGUUGACUGGAUGAUAUAAUUCAAUCAACUCAGACAUUUUAUCUAAUUUCUAAGCGAGCAAGAGAAUGAAUGCUACUCUAGCGCGAGUUCAUCUUCCUGUAAGGAAGGUGUGCUUGGUCGGUUGAAGACAGAAAAAAUAUUGUUUUUUUUUUCUAGCUGGAAAAUAUAUAAUAAUGCUACUAUACAAAAUGUAGAAACAUAUAAAGAGAGAGAGACACAAAUCUCAUUCACGUCAUGCAAAUAAUAUUUGAAUAUAUGCUCGGUUUGAGCAAAUGUUUUUUCCUUCUAUUUUAAUUACACUAGAUUAGUGAGAGCAGAAAUCGAUAUAAUUAUAAAAAAACGGUUAAAAUAUUUUCCACUGUGAAUAUGAAAGCAUUGCAAAAAAUGAGAAUAUUUAAAAACGCAAAACGCCAAUAAAUGUAAAGUUAUUUGAA